GAAUAAAUAUUUUAAACAUUUCAAAAAUCUAGGAAAUUUCGAGUAUCCCUCUAUUUGUGAGUCAACUUUGCAAUCUGAAGUUUCUAAAAAUUCAACGAAACCUUGUGCAGGGCUUGUUACUACUUUGAAAUUUCUGUUCGACACCUACAUAUGUAAAUUGACGAGCCCGUGAGCAAAAGCCAUUACAGGAAGCCCGGAGGAUGCCCAUCAGCCAACCGGAACUAUGCCGCCUGGCCAGCACAACCAGCUGCAGUCUACGGUAUCCCAAAAGUCAUUCAAGCAAUACGUAUUGCAGCUAUGCUGGUCAGGAUUUGUGUGACAAAUUCUAUAUGCGAGAUCCCAUGACAGAGCCCAGUUGCGACCAUUGGCAAUUCUGCGAGAAGCCGGUGGUUCCCAAUCGCUCCGAAGUAGAAGCCGACUCUCUGGGUGAUCCCGUUGGUCUGGUCUGUUCCACCACCUUGCUAGAAAAUCCGUGCGGCUGUUUUCCCAUGCAGGAGCUGGCGAAUUCCAAAAAUUUCGCCACUUACCUGAAGGCCUUCGCUCUGGUGUAUAUUUUGCCGGAGGUGGACUGGACGGCUGAGAAGAUCGAUAUGCUGCUGCAGGAGGGCACGGAUCUGUUCGAGGACAGCUCUGAGAUGGAUGCGGAUGAGGAGAGGGGGGAUCCCCAGCUGUUGCAGCCCGAAAUAUAUACCGCGGAGGAGAAACGCAUCAACAGGGUGUUCAAUCUAGAGGGGCACACGUUCACCUUGGCGCUGGAGCCUCGCUAUAUGGGGGACAUAUCGAAACCCAUUGAGCAGCAACCGCCACAUAUCCUCAAGAACCUUCGUCCCGUGCUCCAGAGUUUCUUUAAAGCCGGCCGCUACUGCUUGCUGCUGACUCGAGUUGGACACCUGCUUAUAUGGCGACGGAGGAAAUCCUUCUUCGUCCUGGACGUCAAGGGUAGGAGCAAGGACGACCUACAGAUGGUGAAAAAAAAUGGAGUUGCCAUGCUAGUUUGUCUGAAAUCCAUCGAUAAUGUUGUCCAUCUGGCGUCCAAUUUGAGUGGCAUCACGCCCAAGGACAGUUUCACGAUCAGGGAAUUGGUAGUGGUGCGUUUGGAGACUCCCGAUGGACGAAUCUAUAUGAGGGACACCAGCCACCGGUCCAUCGAAUUCAAGGUGGUUAACAAGAAUUACGCCUAUCUGAAGGGAUCCCUACAUCUUUCUUUAAACAAAGAGGAGUCGGUUCGUAACCGCAGCAGCCUCAUGGUGGCCGUGGCCGCAAUCCUCGCCAGCAAAAUCGAUCAUCCGGCUAACUGGAACACCAACAUGCUGGACAGACUGAUCUGUUAUGGCGUGCAGCUGUGCCGGAGCUGCUGGUCGGAUUGUUUAAGAGAUCGAAGACCAAUUGACCUGGACACCUUUCCAACCCAACUGCGGAUGGGUCAGUUUGUGUUGGAGCUCAAGCUUAUACCGAAUGUGCGAACUGGCCACUGGAAGUGUGGUGUACGGAUCGUUAGUACGGAUUUCGAGGCUCAUGUGAAGCAGGUACUUAAGGAGUACGGUAACGUGGUGUUCCAAAUCAACGAUCAGAUGUACGCCAUGUGGGCCAAGGAUGAGUUUUUCUAUCUAAUGGAUCCUUAUCGGCACACCAUCGUGGGUACUCAUAUUGCCGAGGACAAGGUGGAGGGCGCCAAGUGGGCCACGGUGCGCAUGUUCCGCGAUCAGCUGACCAUGCUCAGCGUGUUCCACCAGAUGCUGAAGGAAUCGAACCGCCAGUCUGCCUACUAUCUGCAUGUGGUGCGUAUUCGGAAUCUGGCCGAGUGCCCCAAAGGAUUCGCCCUUGCUCCGCUGCCCGACGAUGUGGACUCCAGGGACGUGGAGUCCCUGAAUGAAACGAUACUGUUCAAUGAACAGAAAGCAGUCAGAGUCGGCGAGAAGGCCCUGGCGGAUAUCAGCGAUUUUGAAGAGGACUUGCUCAGUGUGACGGAGGAUAACUUCGAUAUUGAGAAUUUUAAACUACUUACCGAUCGCCAGAUAGCCGGAGCUGAGGGCGAAAUGGAGGAGGAGAACAUGGAGGAGCAGCGAAGACCUCGGGCCAAGAGCCGUAGUCGGAGUGCCGUGAAGAAGCCGGGAGUCAGCCAUAGAGUAUCCGCAAGAGCGAUUGCCGCAAAGGCGGCGAAGUCCUCCAAGGCCGGUAUUUUACGGCCACAGCCUAAUGCUGUGGUGAAACCUGCCCAGGAUUCAGGACUGGGUGUCCAGAAAAAGGAAGCAAAUAAAAAGGAAAUCCUCAAAAAGGAAACAACUAAGAAAGAUGCUCCCAAAAAGGUGGUUGCCUUUGGCGGCACUGCUCCUGCGCCACCCAAACAGAGUCCCCUAAAGCCGUCCAGGGAAACGGGCGGACGUGUCUUCAAUCUACUACCCGCCAAGUCUUCGUUGCGCUCCAGCUCCAGGGAAACUCCGGGCAAAGUAACUUUCAAGAAUAUGCACAAGGAUUGUCACCAAAAAGUCCUGAAACCCAAUCAAAUCCCGAACAAACGCUCCAACUUAAAUCCCGUACAGAACAAUAGUGCUAACCCGAAAGUAAUCAACACCAAAGGUCGUUCCAAGUCCCCAGAGGUGAUCAUUAAAGCUUCCAGACCAGUGGAGGUGGCCAAGAAGGGCUACAGGCCAGCGGAGGUGCCCAACAAAGGGUCCACCAACACCAAACAACCGGCACUCAGAAACUAUCCGUCCAAAUAUUUAACUCCCAAAGAGUCUCCCACCAAAGGCUCCAACCCCAAGAUCACUAUUAACAAUGUGCUGGGCGCUCCUUCCAGAGCUGCUUCGCCCAAGAAUCUUGUACUCCGAGAAGGUCUACCCCGUGGACCUUUCACGAUCCAGAAAGAAGGGGAAAACCAAAAAAUGUUGACGCCAAAACAGGAACACCUGCAGCCGACCACAUCGAGGUCCUUUAAGGAAAUGCUUCUGAAGACCAUGUCCAAAGUAAAUAAACUAGGAUCGACCAAGUCCCAUCAGCCUAAUCCCAUGUAUGAAAGAGAGGGGGACCCGCAUUUCUUCAUCCCAGAAUCGAAUAGUGAGGUGGGUAAUCCGGCGGAGCAGAAGGAUACAACAGGCGGCGUGGCGCCAUCUCACUUCCCUGGCUUUAGUCCGGUGCCACAGGCCCUGGCAGUAGGUGGAUCCGAUAGCGGCACCGUGGAGAGCAUAAGCCGUCUGUUGAGCUCUUCGUUUAAAGUGGCCAACCGGGUGCUUGCGAUGACGCCGUGGGGCAACUACGUGGUCUUCCGGCAUCGUCCGAAUGCCAAAUCGAAAUCCGCGGCCACGUGGUUUUACGUUUUCGACGGCUGCACCUGCGACAUUGAUCGCUUCCGCCAUCUGGAUCUUACCCAGGGCACGGACGGACUACUGGCAUUCCGGAAGCAGGAAGAGGUGGUGUGCCACAUUAUCGACUCGAGGGAAAAGAAAACGUUGGAGAUGCUGGACUCUCUGGAGUACGAUCCGCCGCACGAGAGAUUAAAAAAGCAUAUGGCUCGUUGACCCACAAACUGGUUGGUUUAUCGAAUCGAACAUACUUUAGACGAAUAAAAUUUUAAGUAUAAACUA